AUGAUCAACGGACUAUUUGGAUGGUACUCCCAAUGGAUACCACAUAUAGAGGAAAAGAUCCAACGAUGGAGGACCAUGGUGAUGGACAAACCAAAGCCCGGAGAAUGCACAAAAGAAGAGGAAGCAGAACAAGUGAAAGCACAAUGGGAGCCACAGGACGACGAAACACUGGACGAACUCAAGCAAGCUAUUGUCACAGGCCCAAUAUUGAAGAGACCCAAUCCAAAGAGACGAUUCUACUUGAAAACGGACUGGUCAAGCAAUGCCAUGGGAGCGGUCCUCCUACAAGCGGACACGACGCAGAAGAGUCCAUGA